GCGCCGCCGCCGGCGGUCCUGCCCCUGCCGGGGGUGCCCGCCCGCGCCGCCAGGCACGAGGAGCCGGUCGACGCGCUGAGGCUGCGGCAGGAGGGCAGGUCCCUCAGGGAGCGGGAGAUCGCGCUGCAGGAAGUGGCUACCGAGACACUAGACACGUUGGAGGAAGGUGCGACACCAUCAUUCCCGUCACGCUCAGGUAACGGCGUCUCCGAGCCCACUAGCGUGAAGAGCUUGGCAAGCCUCGGGGUGAGCUGCGCUGCGCUCGGCGAGGCCCUCGGCUCGCAGCAGGAGCCAGCCAGCGCACCUCGGCCAUGCCUGCAGAGCAGCCGCUCGACGGGGAGCUGCACGAGCGCCAUCUCGGCCGCUGCUGUCGCCUUCAGCAUCCUGGGGCACGCGCUCUGCUACGCCUGCGCGGGCGCAGGCGAAGACGCCCAGGAGAUCGUGGCCUGCUCCAGCUGCGGGGCCUACAAGGUGCUGGGCAGCCACGCAGGAGCCAAGCCUCGCCUGAAGGAACAGUGCCCAGGCGACAAGAGGAGCAAGGCAGACAGGAACCAGCGCAGCCUGUGGGAGCGAGGGCUCCAUCCAGGAGGGCAUGCCCAGGAGCGCUACCUGGAGUGGCUAGGCAUUGAGGCGGAGUCUGCAGUGCGCGGGGACACCGAGGAGGGGUUGGCCAGCCGCGUACAGCACGGCGAUCGACGGCCAGGGGAGCCGCAGGGUCAGCCGCCGUCUGGCGCGGCGCGGCCCGCCGUCUGUGAGUGA